CAUUUCCCGGUGCCAUCCAUCGCUAGCUUGCUUCUCAACCGGGGUUCGAGUAUUGUUCCGAACUCCCAUCACACGAUCGGUACCGGUCAAGAGCCAAGAUCUCUAGAACGAACGCGUGUUAUUGGCGAGGUCUCUGCGAACACCCUGGCAAUGACGGGUGGACUCCUGCACCUUUUCUCCCGCAAGGAGAGGGCGAAGCGAAAGCAACAGCAAGCCGAGCGACCGCCAGUACCGCCGGCGUACAAACCCAACUGCGAAGCGACUGGGCCCCGCUCUGCACAUCCCCGGCCGCUAUCUACUUUUGCUCCGGACUACAGUCACUACCACUAUGCCCCGCGAGCCUCAAUGGACCAGCCCCCACUGCCAACGUAUGAUCCAUCGAAGUACCAACCAAUUCGACCAACAUCAACGCACAGCGCUGAUUUGUUAACCUCAUACGGCUAUCCCAACUCCAGGGGCCAACCGUCCCGCUUGAGUGAGGUGCACUAUAACGAUGCACGCUCGUCCAUCUAUCAGCCACCGCCGCCGCAAAACCUGUCGUCUCAUGCAAGGCGACAGUCCGCAAUGCCUAAGCCAUCCUACCCAACGGCCUCGGCUGAGCGCUCGUCUAGACCAGGAGAUGGUCGAGAAAGGAGUCACUCGGAGCCAAUGCUUUCUGCACCGGGCGCGCGCGGCCCAAAACGAGCCAAGCCAGUGCUUUCACGGAUAAUUACCAAUUUUGGAUGA